AUGCGUGUCAACAGCAUCAUCGCUUCUUUCCUCGUCGCCCUCGCCGUCGGCGCCGAUGCCGGCAAGGUGACUCUCACUGGCUGGACUGAAGUGGGCUGCAAGGGCACCUCCGGCACUACCAGUGAGAACGUGGACUCUCGCCCGGGCCACCACCACAACGAGUGCAAGAACGUGCACUCCGGCGCCAAGAGCAUCAAGAUGAAGGCCAUUCCCGACGGCUGCACCGCCACCAUCUACUCUGACGGGUGCAACAAGGACAAGAAGGCCGCUCGUGUUGGCAAGUGUGUUGGGCUUGGCGGCAAGGAGAUCCGGGGUAUUAGCAUCGACUGUUAG